CGGUAAUGCACUGUGAACAGGGACAAGCAGGAGAGCGAGUCACACACACACACACACACACACACACACACAUUCACAUAUGUACAUGCUGCCUCUGUCACACACCCUCACACCCGUGCACCUUCACACUGUGCCGCUCCUUCACACACACACACUCCCUCACACAUGUGCGCUGAGGCUGAGAGGUGCCUUGUUCGGGAGACUUUUUUCUUGUCUCUCUCUCUCUCUCUCUCUCUCACACACACGGACACACACUGUGCAACUGGACUCAACAGAACCAGACCGGACUACUGUCACCCACCAGUGGAGACUCUCGCAUGAGCGGCGGCAAUACAGCAUCUACCGGUGUGGGUGAACGCAAGGGUGAUGCCAGGAGAGCUUGAAAGACAGAGAGGAAACAAGCCGCCCUCCGUCCAGCAGUGUCCGUCUGCAUCCCUUCAUCCUCGCCCCAGCAUGCGGAGCUGAUACCUCAGGUCUGACGGUCCCUACUUCUUCUUCUACUUCUCUUGCUCUGUCAUUGUUUCGGAUGGAGAAAUUUUACGGGUGAGGGACAGAACGAAAAGGAACUGCAGUGUGUCCCGACAGUAUCACUCCUGUUAUUUUGGAGAGUUGAUACUCAGACGUUUUUCGUCCCACUGAAUUCAGGUUUCUGAUCUGCAGGAUCGAGCAGGUUCAGAGGACUAAAUUUAAUUUUUGUUUGGGUCUGGUUUCAUCAUGCGACGAAUGGUUCUGUUGCUGAUCCCUUUCAGACAAGAUUGAGUCAAACUUCACUGGAGCUCCAGGAGGGGGGUAAGGGUAUACUCGAACUGGGACAGAGGUACUGGGAGACAUCGGCUACAGUGCAUUGGGUUUUGGGUGGAUAACAAAAUGACUUGUUCCAACAGAGAAAGAGUGACGUAUCAAGGCUUCACCUGAACCUCACUCCCAACCAGAAAACAAACAACAAGAAGGACAUUUAAAGGCUGUCGCUUAUCAGUCCAAACCUCAACGAGCACCAGUUGUCAGUUUUGGGUGGGCCUUUGAGGGAUUCACCCUUCUUUCCUCCACUUCCUCCUUUUCUUCCCUUCCUCUCCCUCUUUUUCUGCCUUUCUCCCCAUUGCUUCUGUCCAUCCUCAGAAGCUCCCUCCUCUGCUCUGCUCCCCUCCCUCAGCGGGGCUCCGUCGCCCUGGGUGAGGGGGCAGGGGGGUGGCCCACGGUACCCCCCGACACCUGGGCGCCACCGAGCAGCCAGAGGCUGGUGAGGCGGCGGCAGGGUCAGCGCUGGGAAGAUGGCUGCUCUCGCCAGCUCCCUCAUUCGCCAGCGCAGGGAGGUCAAGGACCCCCAGGCAAACCGGCAGAUCGCCAGCAAGCGCAAGCCCUGCCCAAAGAGCAACAAGUCGCUCUGCCAGAAGCAAAUCCUCAUAUUAAUAUCGAAGGUUCGACUAUGUGGCAGUCGAGGGAGAAAAAUGGAAAAAAGACCAGAGCCCCAGCUGAAGGGCAUCGUCACACGGCUUUACUGCAGACACGGCUUUUAUCUCCAGAUGCUGCCGGAUGGCACCAUGGAAGGCACAAAGGACGAAAGCAGCUCCUUUUUGCAGUUCAACUUGAUUCCUGUGGGGCUCAGGAUAGUGGCUAUCCAGAGCACCAAGACAGGGCUCUACGUUGCCAUGAACAGCGAGGGCUACCUCUACACUUCGGAACACUUCACGCCGGAAUGUAAGUUUAAGGAGUGUGUGUUUGAGAACUACUACGUCACCUACUCGUCCAUCCUGUACAGACAGACGCAGUCGGGUCGGGCGUGGUACAUUGGUAUCAACCGAGAUGGACAGGUCAUGAAAGGAAACCGUGUCAAGAAGACAAAGGGAGCUGCGCACUUCCUGCCCAAACUCAUUGAAGUGGCCAUGUACAGGGAGCCCUCUCUACACGACGUUGCUGAGCAGAGUCCGCCCAGGAAAACGCCCAAAACCUCCAGUGACUCGCCUGUGCUCCAGAAUGGCAAGAAGGACCCUCAAUCCAAAACCAAAACCUCCUCCUCCUAGCGCUCAGAGACACAGGUGGGAGGAGGGGUGGAGAACACGGGGCACUGGGUACCAGCGGAAACCUGAACAGAGUUGUUAGGGCUACCCCCGCAGCUGCUGUCUGCAACACUGACCCCACGAGAACUCUGCGUACCACAAUGCACUGGAAUAAAGUUGGAGAAAAGGAGCAGGUCCAGGCAGAGUGGAGCUGGCCAAUGGGAAGCCCCUUUUACCUUCACAGACCCCCAUCCACACCAGCCCUCCACCUUCUUAUUUAAUAACCUCUGUGAUUUAUCAAAGCCUGGGAUAUAAAAGCAAUAACUCCAUGAAGAGGUGAACCUAGCAUUGUAUAGCAUGUUACCACAGAGUGUUUAACCUGCUGGAAGGAAAUCCCACUCACCCUCCAGCCAUCAUCAGCAACAUCCUUCCAGUCAACCAAAUAUCCGAGCAAAGUCUUCCUGAUUUUACCACAACGGGUGCAACGGUCAAAUCCGUCCCUCUGCAGCACAUACUUUACAAAUGGGUUGUGUUUUUAUUCCUCCACAGGGUUUCAUGCUAAAGUUAGCCUGAAACAGAGCCAUGCUAAUGCACGGCUGUCACAGAGACCUUUGCAGACUUUUGUUCUGCAGCCAUCUGCUCAGUCCACAUCUUCUGUGUGUGUCAGCAACUUUGUGAGAUGGCCUGGAUACUUGUCAGCCCUGCUUGUGUGUGUGUGUGUGUGUGUGUGUGUGUUCCCUUCUUCUUCCAUUCACCUUUGGCGCAAUUUGAUUAGUUUGUGACAUGGACUCAAUUUUCCACUCGGCGGCACAAGAAAACCCCUCCCCUCCUCUCUGGCUCCGUUAAUGGAGUCUGGGGCUGAUCAGAAUCUUUCGACCCUUAAACGAGGGGCCGAGAGCUCCCUCGGCACACUGCGUAGCCACACACACACACACACACACACACACACACAUAGGUGUGUGUAUUGUGUACACACACUUUAGCACCCUGAUAUCAAUGAGCGACAACCUCAGAAAAUGAUCUCAUGACUUAACACACUUAACACAAUGACAUACAUUAACACACACAUUCACAAAUUAAAUGCGCACACACAUGCCGACGUGGUGGUGAGUGUGUGUGCAGGUUCUGGGAGAUGAUGAGGAUAUCAUCAGUGAGAUGGGGUACUGAUGGAGCCUGACCGUGCAGCUUAUCAUUACACUGCAAUAGCUUUUUUCACUGUGGCUGGCCAUGCAUUGCACAAACCCCCACGGCCCACACAGUAUCUUUGGACCCUCUUUCACUCAAUGCGGUAUUCUUGUCUGAAAAUACAGAAAAAAAAAAUGUUUUUAUUUAAUUAUUACAACCAUAUUCUGCUUUCACCUUAUGAUGAAUUUAAAAAAUAAAGAUUUUGUGCAUAUGAUAACAAAUUCUGCAGAUUCCAUGCUACCCCAUCGUUGUCCCCAUGCCAGAAAUAAUGUAUGGUACUGUAUGUAUGUAAGGGGCACUCCACCCAUUUUACAUGUCAAAGUCAUGGGGAGUACUACUCCUGUAAAAACCUGUAAAAACAGUUGUAUAGUGUCUGGGAUUGAAGACAGCAAACAUUUCAGGCUUGGGAGGCAAAAAGAUGUGGGUGUUUACCUGGCAAGGAGGGUCUAAUGAAAUAUGCCAACACACUGGAUUAUGGGGAGUGUAGGAUCCAGUGUUUUUUGCAGCUUGACCCAUACUAGGGACAAAAAGUGACGACAUCUCAGCUUCUGCUGCUUCGAUUUUGACCGUCCUUUUUAAAAUCUGCCUCUUGCAAGUUUCCCAACUUUAUGGCAGUACAAUACUGAAUCACUGCAGUGGUCCUUUGAGUCUUUAUUUACACAUUCACAUCAGUCAACUGUGCACUUAACAACUGCAACAAUGCCGUGCUUCACAUGAAUCACUUGCUUUCACACAUUCACCUAUAAGCCACUAGAUUCUACUGCUUGCAACAAAGCAACUCCAAUGAAGGACACUUUUUUAUUUUAUUCAAAAUCCAACAGAUUUUUGUUGAUCUGUUUCUAAACGUAUUAAGUAUAUAAAGUAUAUGAAUUACCAUAAAUCUCUCCUGGAGAUUUUGGUUAUGAUGCAAAGGAAUUCAAGCCUUUUUUACUUGUCAUUUCACAAGUAUUGCCCUGUCUCCUAGAAAUGAUGUUGUUGCCUAAACCACAGACAGGAGUCUGGAUGCGAACCCUAGAUUCUGGUGCCGCAAACCACCGCGACUACCUCCAGCGCCGUACAUAAAUGUAGUUUUUCAUUCACUCAAAGAAACGUUGUCUCUGAACGUAGUCCAGGCAGCGAUUAAGUUUGUCACCACAACGUAAUUAUGAAAACAAUUUAGUAAUAUGCAAACUUAAUUUCUAGGAGACAAGGUUGUGAUUGAAAAUUCAUAGAUUACUGUAACUGUUUUGGGGAGGGAAAAUAAGGGAAGGAAAAAUAAGAAACCAAAGUCAUAUAUAAAUAAUGAAAUAGAUAGAUGUAGCACGUAAGAAGGAUGAUGAUUCUAAAGAAGGAGAUAGAAAGAUAGAUAUUUACUUUGAUCACAUUUUUUUAAAGUGUUUAGCCGAUAGAAAACGAAACUAUUUAAAAUGUUUCACUUUUCUCGUUAAGGAGAGCUUGUUUUGUGUGUUUCCAUUUUGGAGGACAGAACCGUCCCCACCAAUAUUUGAGUGAACUCAUUCGCAUUAUCUUUGGAGUGAAGUCAUAUUAGAUAGUUCCAAUGUGCCCUUACAGAGGAUACAUCAAAUUAUUGGCUGAGAUACAUGUGAUACAUGAUUUUUAGGGAAAAUAAUUUGUGGUGAUGAGCAGAACAAAAAGAGUUUUAAGAGGGAAUUACAGUGAUGUGGACAGCGUUCCCUGAAGACACACACACACACACACACACACACACACAUAUUUGCACACAUUUCAUGCAUAAUCCUCUGCUCCCCUGUAACCUGUGGUUGUAAAUAAUAAUAGCUGAUAACCGGUUCAUAAUAGAGGCGAGCUGCUGAGCAAAGUAAUCGGCUACCUGAGAUGUGAAGAAAACUUUACCUGUGCUUUCCUGAAGAGAGAAAGAGAACAGGUGAGAAGCAUGAAAAGAGGUAGUUCGAGAGGGACAGACAGGUGAAAGGAAGUAAGGAUGGAUUGAAAGGAGAAAGAAAGACGAUUCAGCAAAUAAACUAAAGGAAGGACUUGUGAGGAAUAAAGAAAAUAAACUUUCUCUCCAGUAGAGAGUUAUUCCUAUUUUUUUUUUAUUUAUUCAACACAAGCCAUUGUUAAAACCUCACUUACACACUAAAGACCUUAAUUAAACUGUUAAAUAGACCCUCAGGUUGGUGUGUUGACCAGUCACCCCCUAUGGAUUGCUAAAUCCAGAACACAAUGUUUGAGUACUAUUCGCAAAGUAAUUACACAAAUAUUUAAUUAAAUGAAGCUACUUGCCUACUCAAAUAGAAUUAAGACUGUCUGGGCCAAGAUAGAGCGAUACUGUUAGAUGGGAGCAGAGGAGGAAUUCAGCAAACAGACACAGACUUCUGUGACAACUACUAUAUUUUAGGGCUGGGAAAUCUAUGUUGCAAUAUCUUCUCAAGUAUGCAUUUCUUGUUUUCAGUAGAGCUGUAAAGGAGAGUUAAGGGCUUACAUUUUAGUUCAAGCUAUGAAUGUGGACUAUGAAAAUAAUGAUGUAGUUAAUGUAAUAAUGUAAUUGAGACAAUGUUCAGAUUAGAGAUAUGGAAAGUAAUGAGUCAAUCAUGCACACAAGCAUAGUUAAAGAGGCACUCCGCCGAUUUUACACAUGGAGGUGAGGAGUACUACUCACACUGUGAAAACAGUUGUAAAAUGUCUUCUGUGGCUGCGGAGGGAGCUUUCUACAGGUGCGUUCAGACAGAAAGCGAAGCAAAUGUUCGCCUUUUUUGCUAUUCGCACGGUUUUUACCACUGGACUGUUUGAGCAGUUCAUUCAUCCCAAACAGCCAAUGUACUGUUCUAUACAGAUGUUAGCUGUAAGCUAGCUAGCAACCGACCGUGUCCUCCAGUCUCUCUCCUUUUUCCUCACGUCUCGUUUAUGAAGUAAGGCUAGAUUCGAAAGCACGAAUAUUUCGCUGUAGAAAGUAGAAACAUUUUAAUCUCACGCGAAUGUGUCUUUGGCUCAGUUUGCGCAAACUAAAAUGUAUCUUGUCUUCUGUUUAAAUGCACUUUAAGUUUGAAAAAAAUAACCAUGGUGAUGUCAUCAAGGUUAUUUCGGGUUGGGCUUACUCCAAUCUGAUUUUUUAACAGAAGCCUGCAUUUCACACUGGAGGUAUGGGCUUUGAAAUUAGUGAGCAUUUAGGGGGCCACGGAGGGUCUAAUGAGUUGCAUUAUAGGAUCCAACGUUUAUUGGAGCUUGAAUCAUAUAUAUACAUCUCUGGCUCUGCAGCUUUAAUUUUGAUCAUUCUUUUUUAUAAAUCUGCCUCUUGUGAGUCCCCCAACUUUAUGGAAGUGGAAUGCUAAAUUGCUUGACAGCCCCUUUAAAGCUCAAAAUAAAUGCGGUAUUAUUUUCUGUCGAUUCUUAUGCUUGUAUGGAUGCAAAAAAAAAAAAAAAUAGCACAUGAGGUGUCAUUUUUAGAUAAGAGGACAUGAAUGCAGACUUCAUUUGUUUGUGAUAUUUGUAGGGCUACAAUCAUGUCAUUCCCUGCCUCAAACUCUGUGUUAAAGUGACUUUAAAGCAACGAGAGCCAAGAUUUUAUUAAACCAAGCCAUCAGAUCUCGUGACUGAGCGUCAGUCAACACUGACAUCUAGUGAUGGAUUUAUAUGGCAGUUAACUGAGAUAUGCAUACUACGUGUGAACUCAGUGAUUAAAUACAACCCAAUACAAAUGAUCCAUCAGCCACUUAAAGUUGCAUCAGUCGUUAGUAUGCAACUAUGCAUCAUCUGUUCAUUUUGCCACUGUAGAAUAUGCUGAUAGAUUAGCUUUUUUAUUCCAGUUUGCAGACUGUUAUUUGAAUACUUAUCCUCAUGCUAUUCAACCAGCAUUAACUAUCUACAGUAUUUGUGACAGGAACAUUUAUGUUUGUGCCCAUACUUUUUUGAGCAAUCUGACAAAUAGUCUCCUAUUUUUUCAUUCACAUCUGUAAUCUAAUUACUGUAAAUUUUGCAGAAACUGUUAUCAGAUAUUAUCUUUUGUAAUCAGAUUAAUCCUACUAGAUGUUACCUGUUAUUUGAGUAUUUCUGAACACUAUAUUUGGGUAAGCAGGUGGGGGUAAAGUGUUUAAAAGAGGAUGUGUGAAAAUGUGUAUCCCACUCUGUUUGCAGUGUUAUUGAUUUCACUUUGCAGAAAGGUAGAAUUACAAAAUCAUUCUCAAUCAAUCUCAUUGUGUGUGGAAAGUUUGCAUAAUUGCAUGAGUGUGUGUGUGUGUGUCAUGAGCCCGUACUCUCCCAUUUUUCUCUGCUGUAAGUCCUUUGUGAAGCCUGAAAUCAGCUUCUCUGUUCCAGCCUGUCUGCUCUGCGGCCUUCAGGCUUCACUACGAUUCUGUGUGAAUUACAGGAAGUAAAGAUUUAUCUCGGCGUCUGUCUAUCUGAGCGACACCCCCCCACCACCACCCCGCCAAUGGCUGAAUAUACUGCUUUUAACUUGCUGAUAAAUGUCUCUGGAUUCAGCUCUAAAUGUUAAAUAUUGGCCUUUUGGAGUACAUCAAAAAAAGUUGGGAGAGGUGUGUAUGUGUGUGUAUGGAUAUCAAAGGGGGUUAAAUGAUGUAUAUUUGAUUCAGCGGCACGCUUCACACAUCAAACACACACACACACUUCCCUCCCCGGGGACUCCCUUCCCUCCCAUUUCUCCCGAGUCAGGGCCCUCCCUGCUUACUGAGCGUAUUACAACUGCAGAGAGGGUCAUCCGGGGUUGUGAAGGAAUCAGAGAGAGAGAGAGAGAGAGAGAGAGAGAGAGAGCAUGUGUCACAUACUGUAGUACCUAACUCAUGCCCUCACAGCCUCCCUUUGAAGUCCCACUUCCUCUCUCCGAUCCCUUUUGCAAACACAACUUCCCUUUAACCUGGAGGCAGUAUGUCUGUGCAUGUGUGUGUGUGUGUGUGUGUGUGUGCAUGCAGCGUGUGUGCCGGCAUAUGUGUUUUUUCUAGAUCUCACUCAUCAGCUUUGGUCUUUGUGUGUAAUCGUUGUGUAACUGUGAUUGAUUAUCUCUGUAUGUCCAUUUAUGUGUAUCCAAGAAGAGAAGGAAUAAAGUAUAGGCAGAGAGAAAGGCGGAAGAGGAAAAUAGAGGAUAAAUCAGAGGCCAAAUCAGUGAGCAUGAGUCCUUCGGCAGAAAGCAAAAAAAUCCAUUAACAAGGUGCAGCCACAUUAUCUGGGAGGGUGUGAAAAAAAGGGUUAAUAUUGAUAUAGAAACCAACUGCGUGUUUUAUUAGAGCUUUUUUCCCCCUAACACUUUGCCCUUUUAGUGAGCUGGGUUGCUGUUUUAGUGUGUGUGUGUGCAUUACUUUGAGGUGGAGUCCCUUCACCACAUCUGCAAUGCAGCAGAAAACACAAAAAAGAGAGGGAGGAAGAGAGAGGCUCACGUGACAAAAGAGUGACGCCGUCCUCGGACAGUUUUUUUUUUUUUUUUUUAGCUGCUUCAUAAAAAGUGCUUUUAUAUUGGAAUCCACAGUCCAAGCGCCUAAUGUCACAUCCUGUAUAGUAUUAACCAACAGAUUAACUUAAUAUAUAAAAAUCAGGCUGUGUUUUUUUUUUAAAGCACACCCACAAUCCCUGGACACAUCUGCAUUGCACACACAGCACCCUGCACCAAGCCAGCACAGAUGUGGCUAAAUGGGGUGACCUUUACAAACAGAUCGUAGAGGGACUUCACCUUUCACAAGCUAAUGCACCAACAACAUUUUAGUGGUGACUUUACACUGUACACUAUGUUAAAAUGUCUUUAUUACCCCUUUUUUCAAGUGUGUUUUGUUAAAAAAAAAACCCAGUAUGGAUUGUGUUUUGGGUAUUUCUCAGUGGAAGUACUGUGACUUGUAAUGAAAUGAUAUGAGGAAUUCUGAGUAUUGGUAUCCAUUGUAAUGCCCUUUCUGAAUCAUUGUUGGUCUGUCCAUGUACGUUUGUUGAUUUGAUGUGUUUAUUUUGAUGUUUAAAUGCAUAACCGUGUCUAUUCUCCUGUCACAUAAUGUGGGAUAUUGAAUAAUGGAGCUCAAAGUCUACAAAGAGAGGAAAACUAAGUACGUCAAGACUGUAGGGUCUCAAACCUCUUCCUCCUGAUCCCCCACAAUCCUCCAGCACUCACCUGUCAGUCAAACACCGACUAACUGACCUCUGACCUUUGAUCUCUUAACAGGAUUUUAAUUGGCUCACCGGCAGCAUGUGGACUGCUCAUUCACCGUCUGUCUCUGCCUCAAGCACACACACACACACUAACACAUCUUCUACCAGUGUGUGUGAUUCUGUGAUCGAUCCUUGAAGGAUUUUUUGACUGUUGUUUUUUUUUUUCCCUCUCUUCUUUGUACUGCAUGGACGAUCCAAGUUAUUGUGACAAAGUCUUCCAGAAAAGAUUUUAAGGAAAUCACCAUAAUCUUACUUUCCUUCUUGUCUUCCAAAUGCAAAAAGAGUGCUUCAGUCUUCCAGCUAUCAAAGCCACAAUGACACUAUUUUUGUAUACAAAUGGGGCAAAAAAUAUAUCUAUAUAUAAAUAUAUAUAAAUAUAUCCAUGCAAAUGUGGUUGGGGUGCAAUAACUCCCUCUGUUGCUGGCAAGGUGGAAUAACACAACUACUAUACGCCAUCCAAACCCAUGGAUCACUUGCAGAAACGAGCUGUAAAGGACUACAGAGAGCCGUGGGACUUGCAGUUUGAAACUCCUGGGUUGAGGUAGAGGAUCACAGACGGGCGGGACUACAAGCAUGCAUGCCAAUCAUUUACUGGACACCUUCAAAGAAACAGUCUUUACCCAAUAUUUACUCUUUAACCCCUUUAACCCCUUAAUCCCCCCUCCUCAACACUCUAUUAUCCCAAACUCUUGUCUCUGCAUUUGCAAUAUGAUCUGUAUUUAUUUCUAUAAUAACUUACACAAAAUCAAGGGAGACGUAUUAUUGGAUAUAAUUGAAUAAAACAAACUAAUAUAUUUGUAUGAUUGUAA